AUGUCAAUUCAAGCGGUGAGGUUUGCACCUCAGUCCGCAGGCGGUGCUUUAAUUCAAGAACAAGCCGCUUCAUCAACGCCAAACGCGACAGCGGAAUUGCUAAAGCCAUGGGUGUUUAAAUUUUGGAGGCCCGUAGUUAAAACAUGUGUAGAAGAAGGGUUUCCCAGCUUAACACAGGAUUCCACAGAUGACAAGGAAAAUUCUUUUGCUGUGGAAAUAAGAGAAGCGAGGGAAUAUUGGGUUGCCGGUUUUGAAGUUGAAGUUAAUUUUGAAGUUUUAGUAAGCGAUGAGGGGAGAACGCAAGAAGAAUUUGAGAAGCAUAAGCUUGGUCAUCGGCGCAUUGAUAAGCAGGGAGAGGUUAGUUAUAAACGGGUUCCAACGAAUGCUUUAAUGGGAGCUAUACAAUUAGGAAUUGCUAAUUCGAUUGGUUCACUUGCUUCUAAACCUGUGAGAGAUCUGCUGUUACAAGAUUUUGCGGUGAUUGAAACAGUUUCUUUUCCCUCUAGCGGAUCGCAGUUAACACCUUCACAUGGAUACGGAGACUUUCGUUUCCAGACAUAUGCUCCGGUUGCCUUUCGAACAUUUCGAGGAUUAUUCAAUAUCAAAGCUGCAGAUUUCCUGCGCUCUAUUUGCACCGAACCGUUAAAAGAAUUAUCGAAUGCUGGGGCGUCAGGUUCAAUUUUUUACGUAUCCUCAGAUGAUCAGUUUAUUAUAAAGACUGUGCAGCAUAAGGAAGCAGAAUUCCUCCAAAAGUUGUUGCCUGGUUAUUACAUGAUUACCACAAGUCUGAAUUAUAUUCGAGAUAUAGUUAGACGCAUUCUGCGUACUGUUUGCAAAAUGAGUGGUUUGGUGGUUCAGAGUUAUGAGACUAGGCAAGUUGCGCCAAAAGAAUUUGUUUCACAAUUGAGAAUAUCUUUUGUGACUAUGCUAAACAUAUCAUAUGAAAAAAUCAAAACAUUUUCUGAACGCUUUGUUUUUCUUGUAUCGUGCUUCACGAUUUUCAUAGUUGAUUUUAAUGAGUUAAAGAAGUUUCAGAGUUUGGGCAAAAACAUUCGUUUAUUGGUAAUGAACAAUUUACUGCCUCAGUCAAUUGUUAUGCACGAAAAGUACGAUUUGAAAGGUUCAACCUAUAAAAGGUAUGCAUCAAAGUCAGAAAGAGCUAAAGCUUCUCCAACGUUAAAGGAUUUGGAUUUUGUGAAGGAACAUCCCGAGGGAUUUCAUCUCGAAUCUGCUUCGUAUGACGCUCUUGUGAAAACUUUAAGUCGAGAUUGUCUUGUAUGUUUUAAACUUGACAGAUUUUUGGUAUUUCUUUAA